AUGGAAGAAGACUUUGAAUGCAAGUAUCUCUUCAAGAUCAUCCUGAUCGGAAAUAGCGGUGUGGGUAAGACUUGUUUGAUGAAAAGAUAUGCGGAUGAGACAUACAGUUUCACACAAUCAAGCACAAUAGGCGUAGACUUCAAGGUGAAGACUGUGGUAGUUGAUGACGAAAAGGUGAAGCUGCAGAUAUGGGACACUGCUGGUCAAGAAAGAUUCAGAGCAAUCAUAUCGAACUAUUACAGGGGAGCAAAUGGAAUAAUCAUAGUGUUUGACAUGGGAAGCAAAGAAUCAUUUGAAAAUCUUGGAGACUGGAUUCGUGAAGUUAAGAAAAACACGACUGGAAAUGUUGAAAUAAUUGUUCUAGGAAACAAAGUUGAUGACAAGGAGCGAAUCGUCAUCACUGAGGAUGAAGUCGAUGAGUUUCUCAAAACUCACGGAAUCGAUAAAAAUGCAUUUUAUAUGACAAGUGCAAAGGAUAAUAUCUGUGUCAAUGACAGUUUUGACUUCCUGACAAGAAAACUUGUUGAAAAGUACAAGAAAAUUGGAUUUACCACUACCAAAGGCUCUUCGAAGUUUACCGUGGGUGAACCAAAGAAUACUUGCUGCAUGUGA